CGGAAAUACUCACCAAACAGCUACAGGUGUAGUCUUCAGGCAAGACUUCUCUGUGACAAAACACAGCUUCUCCGUCAAGAUGUUGAAGGCGGUUAUUUUAAUUGGCGGCCCUCAGAAAGGCACAAGAUUCAGGCCGCUGUCAUUUGAAGUGCCCAAACCCUUGUUUCCAGUUGCUGGUGUCCCCAUGCUGCAGCAUCACAUAGAAGCAUGCGCCAAGGUACCAAAUAUGAAGGAGAUUUUGCUCAUCGGCUUUUAUCAGCCAAAUGAAGAACUGACCAGAUUCUUGAUUAAUGCACAGCAGGAAUUCAAAAUUUCCAUCAGGUAUUUGCAGGAGUACGCAGCCCUGGGCACCGGAGGGGGCAUCUAUCAUUUCAGAGAUCAGAUUGUCUCCGGCAGUCCAGAGGCUUUCUUUGUUCUGAAUGCUGAUGUUUGUUCAGCGUUUCCUCUCGCAGAGAUGCUCAGCUUCCAGAAGGAACAUGGAGAACCAAACAGCUUUGUUAUUCUUGGAACAACGGCAAACAGAAAGCAAUCCAUGAAUUAUGGCUGUAUUGUUGAAAACGAGCAAACAAAUGAGGUCUUGCAUUAUGUGGAAAAGCCGAGCACAUUUGUGAGCGAUAUCAUAAACUGUGGCAUAUACCUCUUUAACCCAGAAAUCUUCCAGCAUAUCGGCGCCGUCUUCCAGAAGAACCAGCAGGAUAUGUUGUUAUAUCCAUACGAUGGAGAGGAGCCAACCAACGGCUGGCACCGAGCAGAGGCCAUCCGGCUCGAGCAGGACAUUUUCACUGCCCUGGCAGGACAGGGCAAGCUCUACGUGUAUAAAACCCUCAGCUUCUGGAGCCAGAUUAAAUCUGCAGGGUCUGCAAUUUAUGCCAGUCGGUUGUACCUCAACCAGUAUCACACAACUCAUCCUGAAAGACUGGCCUCAAAUAAGGAGGGAGGGCCCAAAAUAAGUGGUAAUGUCUAUAUUCAUCCAACAGCCAACAUUGACCCCACUGCUAUGCUGGGUCCCAAUGUCUCCAUUGGAACUGGAGUGACUAUUGGUGCUGGCGUCAGAGUUCGAGAAUCCGUCAUCCUUCAUGGUGCUACUCUACAGGAUCACUGCUGUGUUUUGAACAGCAUUGUGGGAUGGGACAGCACCAUUGGCAAGUGGGCGAGAGUAGAAGGAACACCCAGUGACCCAAACCCCAAUGAUCCUUUCGCAAAGAUUGACAGUGAGACUCUCUUCAGAGACGGAAAACUCACACCCUCAAUUACUAUUCUUGGUUGUAACGUGACCAUCCCUUCCGAGGUGAUUAUACUCAACUCGAUCGUCCUUCCACACAAAGACCUUAACCGCAGCUUCAAAAACCAAAUUAUUCUCUAGUUAAUCUUCUUCAAGCUUCUGUCCACUUACUGUCACUGAUGAAGGAAUGCUGCUGGACGCACGCCGGCACUGCCUCUGAGUUACUGUAUAUAAGAUGUCAAAAAUGAAGGUAGGGGGCAUUCAUUAAAUAGUUUUGAAAGAUAGAUUUUUAUAUAUUUGUCCUCGAGCCUUUAUGCAUCAUUGGGUGUCAGCAACGUUAGAGUGAGGCUAAUCACGCAUGUUGAUUCACCUUGAAAAGUGCUGUCAUGCCAGAGAUUUAUAUUGGUUUUUUAUUAACUUAACCGAACUGUAAAAUUACAGCAGACACUAGUUUAAUAUAUUUGGUUGGAUCUAAUAGGAUUUUUUAAAAAAAAAAGUUUAUAGACAACCAAGCACUGUUUUCUCAAGGGCAUCCUUGAAAAACUUUAGACUUGUUACUUCAGCGUGAGAAGAGAACUUAUCAGAAAAUAAAAAUCCUUGGCUGCUGACUGUUGUUAAUUUUUAGAGGUGAUUAUUUGUGUGGAGCUCUGAUUAAAACCGUUUAGCAUCUUCAUUGUUUGUCUCAAAAAUUGACUACCACUAAAAUAAAUCAGGGGCUCAAGAUUUACAUCGCAAUCAAGUGAUGUUGCCUUUUAAAAUGUGAACUUAGCAGGGGGCCUUGAGAAUCUGCCAUAUAAACAGCAACAGCAGAUACUUAAAUUGUGCAUCCGCAAUCACUGGAGGAACCGUUCCAAUUUAUGGAUACAGCACAUUAACAUUUACUUAUUAAGCCCUCGAGCACUCAUGAUCACUUCAGCACUUUUGUUCCAAUUAUUGCAAAGAGAGUUUCUAUUAAGGAGUGAUGUAAAUUGUGAUACAGGAACUGCAGCAUAAUAUAUUUUAAUCAAGUCUCCUCAUGAACUACCCUCCAGUGAAAGAGGAAAAAACAAGUUAAUGUAUGGUUUUUAAUAUCGUUUAUUUCAGGUUGUAUAUGUAGCUGCCUGUCUUUUUCACUGUUGAUUCAGGUGCCUUACUGCUUCAAAUAAAACCGCCUGAUGCCAGUCUAGGGCCCCCUAUUACAAUGUUUUUAUCCUCUCAGUUGGAUGUUUAGCAAUUUGGGCUAAAACCCCUGAUGUUCUUCACUUGAAAGGCAAUCCUAAAAUUCAUUAGAUCAAGCAAGCUUUUUUUUUUUUUUUUUUUUAGAUUUUGGCUUCUGUGCUCCUUUAGUUUUUUGUGAUAGCUUUUCUUGUCUUUUGUUUUCAUCAGUGUCCUAAUUGUAUUGUGUUUCAUGAUAUCACAUGAAAACAUUUGAGGCUCACUGAAAUCAUUAUUAAUUAAUAUUAUAAUUUGACAUUUAAAGAGACACAUGAAAGCAUUCAUGUUUAUUAUUAUUAGUCUUUGCUCUGUUACAUUAGGCACAGUGGUGCAAGACUAUGUCUUGACAAGCUUUAAAAGGAAAUCUGACAGGAUAUUAGGGAAGUAAAUAGGUUGCUCAUGUAGAAUAAGGAUAUGGGAUAACUUUCUAAUGAAUGUUAAUAUAAAUUAAUGAUGGUAACAGCAGUGGUAACAAUACUAUUUUAAUUUAGUGAAACCCCCUCAUGUAUGUAGUAUCAUAUAUCAACCCACUUGCCACAAUAAGUUGGCAUUGUACCUGUCUGCAAACAGAAGAUAUGUUACAAUUGUUCAUUUCAUUUGAAGCAGAUAUGUUGAUUAUCAAUGGUUUUUUUUACUUUUUAAUUCUUGAUUUUAUGUUUUAACAGUUCUUAGGUUAAUGUGCUGUUGCUUUUAGGCACAAAGCCCACUUGGGUAGGAUAAGGAAAACAUGUUUUGGCUUACAAUACCUGAUUUUGUUGCUAUAGACCAUCUUGAAAUGUCCCUACCUGUAGCUAAAACAAAUACCCACUCUUUUUUUUAUACAAACAUGGCUUGUAAUGUCCUGAACUGUCAAUAAAUACCUGCUUUUAUCACUACAAUUGGCUGGAAAUGUCCCUGCCUGUUAUUAAAAAAAAACAACCCAAUUUGUUGCUAAAAACCUUGUUGAAAUGUCCAUACCCAUCAGUAAAUUACCCUGUUGUUAAAGAAAUACCUGCUUUUGUCGUUUGCAAACAGUGGUCUGCAGAUUGUCAGCCGUAGCACCUAUAGUAGGUGUCAAACCAUCCCCUGCUCCUCAUGAUGUGAAACUUGGCUCAUAUACAUGCAGUCUGAACUAUGUCAUACAUAGGAAAAGUAUGAAUGUAACAUAUCUGUGCUUUGCAGAAAUGUACGAUGCCAACAUUUCAUUCUGGUGGCUGGGCUAUGUACAUGAUAUUAUAGGAGAUUUUUUUGUUUUCCAAACUUUCAUCCUUUAUAGUUUAAAAAAAUAGAAAGAAAUGUCUGAACCCAGAAUGAACCACAUAAUAAAAGUUCAAAAGCCCA